ACAGCCAGAUACAGUCGGACCGCCAUGGAGGCAAGUUCCCAAUACGUGUGACCACCCGAUGUUCGUCAAUUUAACCUCAUUUCGUAAACAGACGUUUAGAUUUCACUCUACACCACAAUUUCGAUAUCUUUAUACAUCUCUUUUUGGAAUUUCAUUUUAACUUGGUAACAGAUUGCAGAAUUUUAAGUAUCUUUGAUCGAUCAAAGGAAAUCGAGGUCGUAGUAGUGAAAGUGUUUCUUCCCCUUAAGGUGACAACCUAAUAGAUUGAACCAUGUCGAGCCUAGGACCUCAGUCGCCGAUCGACAUGAAACCUGACACGGCCACAUUGAUGGCUGGCUUCAGCCCUGGGAGUGUGGGAGGAGGAAACAGCCCCACCAGUCCAAGGUCUGGAUUGGGUUUCAGUUUGCCUCAGCCGUCCUUCACCAUAGGCCACUCGGGUUACUUAAACAAUUCCAAUGGCUCCAAGUCUGGACAUUAUCCACCUAACCACCCACUCAGCAACUCCAAGCACCUGUGCAGCAUAUGUGGUGACAGAGCAAGUGGUAAACAUUAUGGGGUGUACAGCUGCGAAGGAUGUAAAGGGUUUUUUAAGAGGACAGUCAGGAAAGAUUUGACGUAUGCUUGCCGUGAAGAUCGUCAGUGCUUGAUUGACAAACGCCAGAGAAAUCGGUGCCAAUAUUGUCGUUACCAGAAAUGCCUGCAGAUGGGCAUGAAGCGAGAAGCCGUCCAGGAAGAAAGACAACGCAACAAAGAAAAAGGAGAAAUGGAUAUGGAUGCUACAAGUGGCGGACAAGGUGACAUGCCCAUCGAUCGAGUUCUGGAAGCGGAGAAACGUGUCGAGUGCAAGGACGAGCCCCAGGUGAAUUCCGCCACUGCCGCUUUAGGCAAUAUAUGUGCCGCCACAGAUAAACAACUUUUCCAGUUGGUUGAAUGGGCCAAGCACAUCCCCCAUUUUACGGAAUUGCCCCUCGAUGACCAAGUCGUUCUUCUUCGAGCCGGUUGGAAUGAACUCUUGAUUGCCGCGUUCUCUCAUCGCUCUGUUGGAGUCAAGGAUGGUAUCGUCCUCGCUACUGGCCUCGUUAUCCACCGGAACUCGGCUCACCAGGCUGGCGUAGGAUCGAUCUUUGACCGCGUUCUAACAGAGCUCGUUUCCAAGAUGAGAGAAAUGAAGCUUGAUCUGGCAGAACUCGGUUGUUUGAGAGCCAUCAUCUUGUUCAAUCCAGAUCCCAAAGGACUAAAGUCUGUGUCGCAAGUGGAAGCUCUACGUGAAAAAGUGUACGCCACGUUGGAAGAAUACACCCGAACCAAUUAUGCCGAUGAGCCAGGCCGUUUCGCGAAACUACUUCUACGUCUUCCUGCUCUUCGUUCUAUCGGCCUCAAAUGUCUCGAGCACCUGUUCUUUUUCAAACUAAUUGGAGACACACCUAUUGAAUCCUUUCUUCUCGAAAUGCUGGAAGCGCCAGCAGAAACUUAGAACUGGUCUUGUCACGUUCGAACCACUUCAGUUGUGUAUCUGUGCAUUGUAUAGUGUUUUCUGUUUGGCAACUUGGUGAGAGAAACGAAGUUUGAUUGCCCGUUUCUUGCUUAUUAUCGUAUUUUAAAAACGUAAGGAUUAGCUUUUAGCUUUACGGGACAAUCUCCUCUAUUUCACAAUUUUACUUGGAUUUAACAAUCACAUUUUCAUCCCUGCGUUAUUCACUGUUGUUCAGCUUGUAGUGUCGAAACAGUUAUUUACGAAAGUUAAACGGGAUGAAGGUGGUGGUUUUUCUUGUUGGUCUCUUUCUGUUCUCUAUCGAGUAUGAACCAUUGGCAAACUUCGAUCUUUAGUGUCCCAUCUUGUACUCGAAUAAACAAACACGAAACGGAA